CGGCUGUGAUUUUCAGGCUCCGCAUUCAGUGUCGUAGCUGUGUAGCGUCCGUGAUGGCAGAGAGAAACCGCCUCUCCCGGUCGCUUUAAUAUGCUCCCUGUUGUGGGGAGAAGGGUGUUACCGGACCAGUCUCAACAUGACCACCGGCUUCAGCUCCGGUUCCUGCCGGUUCGCAGAUUAUUUUGUCAUCUGCGGACUCGACACCGACAGCGGACUGGAACCCGACGAACUGUCCGCUUUAUGCCAGUAUAUAGAGGCUACUAAAUUCAGAGAUGGGGCCAGAGGAAAAUUGGCACAGGCAGAAGAAGGUGAGAAUUUUGAGCAGAGUCCAUUACGACGAACCUUUAAAUCCAAAGUUCUAGCACAUUAUCCCGACAAUGUCGAGUGGAAUCCAUUUGACCAGGAUGCAGUGGGCAUGCUCUGCAUGCCAAAGGGCCUGUCGUUCAGGACGCAGGUCGAUUCUCGAGAGCCCCAGUUCCACUCGUAUAUCAUCACCAGAGAGGACGGCUCUCGCACCUACGGCUUCGCCCUCACCUUCUUCGAGGAGGUGACCAGCAAGCAGAUCUGCAGUGCCAUGCAGACUCUUUACCACAUGCACAACGCAGAGCAGUACGACAUCUUGCACACUCCCACCUCACCGCAGGGACCCAAGGAGCAGCGACACCUUCAGUCCCAGCCUCGUCCCGUGCUCCACGCUGCGCCCGCCAUCUCCCGCCUGCAGCGCUUCAAUUCGUACGACAUCAGCCGUGACACGCUGUACGUGUCAAAGUGCAUCUGCCUGAUAACGCCCAUGGCUUUCCCUCAGGCCAGCAGGAAGGUGUUGCAGCAGCUCCAUCAGGCCGUCUCGUCCCCCCAGCCCCCACCUCUCCCACUGGAGAGCUACAUCUACAACAUCCUCUACGAAGUCCCGCUGCCGCCUUCCGGACGUUCCCUCAAGUUUUCCGGCGUCUACGGGCCUAUAGUUUGCCAGAGGCCGAGCACAUCUGAGCUGCCACUCUUUGACUUUGGCAUUAGAGAAAUGUUUAAUCUGCUGGGCGUAGAAAACGUUCUGCAGCUGUUCACCUGCGCACUGUUGGAGAUGCAGAUCCUGCUCUACUCGCAACAUUACCAGAGGCUGAUGGCGGUGGCAGAAAGCAUCACGGCCUUAAUGUUCCCCUUCCAGUGGCAGCAUGUGUACGUUCCCAUCCUGCCCGCCUCCCUCCUCCACUUCCUUGACGCUCCCGUGCCGUAUCUCAUGGGCCUCCAUUCGAACGGACAGGACGACCGCACCAAGCUGGAGCUGCCACAGGAGGCUAACUUGUGUUUUGUGGACAUUGAUAAUCACUUCAUCGAGCUGCCGGAGGAGUUGCCCCAAUUUCCCAACAAGCUGGAGUUCAUCCAGGAGAUCUCCGAGGUGCUCAUGUCCUUCAGUGUGUCUCCAGAGGGGAAUGUCCCCUCCAGUGACGGCCAGGCCAAAAGGUUGGGCUUCCGAUCUGUCGAUAUGGUCUCGGACAACCGCAACGGCAACCUGGCGUCGCCGCUGAACUCGUACCUGCUGAGAGAAAACGAAACUAUAGCCAGACUGCAGGCUCUGGUUAAGAGGACGGGUGUGAGCCUGGACAAGCUGGAAGUGAGAGAGGACGCCAGCAGCAAUAAGGACAUGCGGGGUCAUUGUGACGAGGAGGAGCUGAAGAUGCACCAGAUCAACAUCCAAGUACGCGAGGUCUUCGCCAACCGCUUCACCCAGAUGUUCGCAGACUACGAGGUGUUUGUCAUCCAGCCGAGCCACGACAAAGAGUCCUGGUUCACUAACCGAGACCAGAUGCAGAACUUUGACAAGGCCUCCUUCCUGUCGGACCAGCCAGAGCCCUACCUGCCCUUCCUGUCUCGAUUCCUGGAGACGCAGAUGUUUGCCUCCUUCAUCGACAGCAAGAUCCUCUGUCAUGACGAUGAGGACAAGGAGCACACGCUGAGGGUGUUCGACUCCCGCGUGGAUAAGAUACGCAUGCUGAACGUCCGCACGCCCACACUUCGCACCUCAAUGUACCAAAAAUGCACAAACAUUGAAGAAGCAGACAAACUGCUAAAAAAGCGGUUUGAAAAGACUGAUUUUGUCGCUCCUGGACCUCAUACCAUUGGGCUCGAGAACGACACGACUCACCUUCAAAAAGCCAUCGAGAUGAGGGUGUCAAAGAUCGACCACACUGCCCUCCACCCGCACCUGCUGGAUAUGAAGAUCGGUCAGGGACGCUACGAGCAAGGCUUCUUCCCACGGCUGCAGUCUGAUGUGCUGUCCACUGGGCCCAUCAGCAACAAAUGGACUAAGAGAAGUGCUCCUGCCCAGUGGAGGAGGAGGGACCGACAGAAGCAGCACGCCGAGCACCUUUAUUUAGACAAUGACCAGAGAGAGAAGUACAUCCAGGAAGCCAGAAACCUGGGCACGACCAUCAGACAACCCAAACUGUCCAACCUGUCACCGUCUGUCAUCGCUCAGACUAACUGGAAAUUUGUGGAAGGAUUGCUGAAGGAGUGCAGGAACAAGACCAAGCGCAUGCUGGUGGAGAAGAUGGGUCGGGAGGCCGUGGAGCUUGGUCACGGAGAAGUGAGCAUCACCGGUGUGGAGGAGAACACUCUGAUCGCGAGCCUCUGUGACCUGCUGGAGAGGAUCUGGAGCCAUGGGCUGCAGGUCAAACAGGGUAAAUCUGCCUUGUGGUCUCACCUGCUGCAUUAUCAGGAGAGCAAAGAGAAGAAUAAUGCAACGCCGGGUAGUCUGGGACCUCCAGGUUUUAUUCAUGACACUGAGAGACGUAAAUCUGAUGGUGGAGGAUUAGCCAUGCCGCCUCUUAAAGUCUCCCUGAUCCACGACAUGAGACACAUUCAGAACAUGAGUGAGAUCAAGACAGACGUGGGCAAGGCCAGAGCCUGGGUUCGCCUCUCGAUGGAGAAGAAGCUGCUCUCCAGGCACUUGAAGCAGCUGCUUUCAGAUCACGAGCUGACAAAAAAACUGUACAAGCGCUACGCCUUCCUCCGCUGCGAUGACGAGAAGGAGCAGUUUCUUUACCACCUGCUGUCCUUCAAUGCCGUGGACUACUUCUGCUUCACGAAUGUCUUUACAACCAUCAUGAUCCCCUACCAUGUGGUGGUUGUUCCCAGUAAGAAGCUGGGUGGCUCCAUGUUCACCGCCAACCCAUGGGUUUGUGUCUCCGGUGAGCUGGCAGAGACCGGAGUGCUGCAGGUUCCCCGAAAUACUCAGGAGAUUACUUUUGAGUGCCAAAACCUGGGCAAACUCACCACAGUACAGAUGGGCCAUGACAACACGGGGCUCUAUGCAAAGUGGCUCGUCGAAUGCGUCGUCGUCCGCAACGAAAUCACGGGCCACACGUACAAGUUUCCAUGCGGCCGCUGGUUGGGGAAGGGCGUGGAUGACGGCAGCCUGGAGAGGAUCCUCGUGGGGGAGCUGAUGACUCCCAGCACGGAGAACGACGAGAAGAUGUGCCGCACGCCCCCGAUGCAGCAGUCACCCGGGAUGAUGAGGAGGUUUGUUACCAUCUCGCCAAACAGCAAACCAAAGUUGAACACCGGUCAGAUCCAGGAGGGAGUGGGAGAGGCCAUCAAUGGAAUUGUGAAGCACUUCCAUAAACCGGAGAAGGAGAGAGGCAGUCUGACGCUUCUCCUCUGCGGGGAGUACGGCCUCGUCUGGGCUCUGGAGCAAGUUUUCCAGCACGGCUUCAAAUCACCGCGACUCUUUAAAAACGUCUUCAUUUGGGACUUCUUGGAAAAGGCACAAGUAUACUUUGAGAGCGCCGAGCAGCGGGAGGCGACCCCGGAUGAAAACUGGCAAACCCGAGUGCGCCACUUCUGCCGCUUCAUGCGCGCCAUCAACAUCACGCCCAGGAACAUCGGCAAGGACGGGAAGUUCCAGGUGCUCGUCUGUCUGGGCGCAAGAGACCAUUUACUGCAUCACUGGAUCGCUCUGCUCGCAGACUGUCCCAUCACUGCUCAGAUGUACGAGGAAAGCGCGCUGAUGAAGGACCGCUCGUUGGUGAACUCCCUGAUCAGAGUGCUGCAGACUCUGCAGGAGUUCAACAUCAUUUUGGAGGCUUCGCUCGUCAAAGGUGUUGGUAUCUAAACCAAACCCACCAACUUCCCACCGCACGCACAAGACCAGGAAGAUCACUGAGGGCCAUUAGAAGGACUGAUGGAACCGUUUAUAUGCAGGAACAGACUUCAACAAAGGACAUUUUCUGGCUUAUCUUAAAACUACUGUUACAUUUGCCAUAUAUUAAGUGCAAUGAGCCUUUCAAGAUUUGUUGUUAUUUUUAUCCUCGAUGAUGUUGCCAUUGGAUGUUAAAACUAUGUUUUCUAUAUUUUCAAAUUAUUGACAAUGACCUCCUUGUGCUCUGAUGUGUCAUUGAAAGCUAAAUAUUUUCAUUGUUAUUGUGAACCGUCGACAAUGGCUAUAUUUAAGGCGAAGCAAGGAGCAAAACUGUUAAUUAUAUUUUCAGAGAAAAACAGUAUUAUUUUGUUAAGUCCGUCAAAUUGCUUGCUCUGUCGUCAACUCAGAGUCCAGUGUCAUAUCACAGAGCUUAAAGCAAAUGAUGUAGAAGUAUGCUUUAUAAGUAUGUGUUUGACAGGAAGACGAUUCACCUGCGUUACUUUUGAGCCUUUUCCCUGAGAAAUGUACAAGUAUGCAAACCUUUUACAUCAGAGAAAAUGUUCCUUCUUGCUUUUUAAUACCGUGUGAUUUAAGCCUGUGUCCAGUGAUUGACCGUAAUGUUCCGUUGGAUGAUGAGAAAACACCACAAGUCUUUGGUUUGUAAUCCACGACACACGUCCUCCAAGUGAUGCUUGACCGACCCAGCUUUCUGUGCUCAUCACAAUGACCGCCUUCAUAGAAAUACCUCCAACCAGCAGUACCCAGUCUGUCAGUCACAUCUUCCUGCUCUCUGUGAGGAUCUCCUGCUUCUCAUGUGGGGGACCAACAAGGAAUGCCCCUA